AUGAAACAUUUUCAAGGUUUAAUUCUUCUAUGGUUCGGGAUCACAACAAUCUCAGCUGCGACUAUUUCGCCCCAUGGCGGUUAUCUAUCAAUCGAGGAAGGAGCUGAUUUCUAUGCUGAAUGCAUUGGUACUAAGCCACAAUGGAUCAUUGCUCAACGACUAACAUCGGAUACAUCUAGCAUUUCAUUACAAACAACUGAAUACAAUCGAAAAUCGAUCUUAGCUAUUCGUGGAAUGGAUGCUUCCCUCGUAGGACCGUAUCUUUGUCAAGCUAAUGAGACUAUUUCAACGAUCAUUCUGCAACUGACAAAACGUAAACCCGAUAUGACAAAACAGAUUCGUUUUAUGAGUACAACUACCAAUCAAAUAGUUGCCCAGGGAGAUCAUGUACGACUGAAUUGUUUUGCACAAUAUUACAGCGAAAAGGCAAUGGAUUCACCAUAUCUUCCAAAAAUCCUCUGGUUUUUCGAACGACGACAAAUACAGAAUAACACCGAAAAGUAUACGUUAGGUACUGACAGUUUAGUUAUACGAAACUUUAGCUACUACGAUCAAGGUGUUUAUUACUGCCGAGCUUUUAUCACAUUACGAAAUAAUUUCCUCAGCAAGCUUUAUCCCAUCUACGUUCAAUUGCAAAAUUCGUCAUCAUCAUUCACCGACGAGACAUCUCCGUCCGACCUUGAAAAUAAAAAAUGCACAGGUUUUCACGAACAUCUGGUGACAAGAAACUCGAUUUCAUAUUGCAAUAUCGAUGGAUAUAUAUCAAAUCAAACAUGUUCAAACGAUGACAUCUGGAAUGACGAGUAUUCACAAUGUGUUCCUUCCUCAAAUCCAAAUCAAAUUCUCCACAUCCUACCGAAUCUGUCUCAUCUCAAUGUCGAAAUGGGUCGAACGUACACACUUCUUUGCCAAUCACACGAUGAACACAUCGAACCUGAAUGGAGUUUUGAAAACGGAACGACUAUCCAAGCGAAUGCAUCAUUCGAUCAACCAAUAACAACAUAUACAUUAAGUGAUACUCAUGCACUCUAUCUCCGGUUAGCGCCGGUUACGAUCGGCACGUAUGUUUGCCGUUCACGUUCUUUAUCAACUCCGAUGAACCGAACGGAAGUAACAGUAGCAACAACAUCGAUUACUUUGACAGCACAAAUGAUUGCCGAAACACAUGGAAUUUCACUUCAAUCAUCAACAUUACCCGAAUAUCACGUGCGACCGAACACCACGCUGUUCAUUGCUUGUCGACCGGAAUACUUUGACUUCCAAAUGAAAAUAACUUCACCAUCGGUUCCUAUUGCUCAACUUAUUCGCGUCACUGAUAAUCACCGUUUUGAACUUUCGGAAACCACCGAUGGGUUGCUGAUCGACCGAAUCGGAAAGAACGAAAUUCGAUUUACCCUGUUAUGGUUUUCAUUUCCGAUCCAUUAUAAAAGAAGAAAGAAGCGAGAAGAACUAACACGUUCUUGUCGACAAAUAGCAAUUACAUGA